AUGACUGAACAAGAAGACAUUGUCGAACUGCCUCAAAUUCCAGCCGACGCACCACAAUGGGUUCAAAAUCUACCAUCAAAUGGUCGAUUUCUUGAUCGAACAAAAUUCUACGAUAUAACCGGUCAUCUUCUAUUUGAUUCUCUAUUGAAUUCAAAUGGCAUACGUCAUUUUUACUAUUUUGUGGGUACUGAAAAACAAACGGAACGGACGAACAAUGCUUCUAGUAACUCAUCGGAAUCUCAAGACACGACAAGUCAACUGUAUGAAGAAGUCCGCGUUGCUUUUCAUCUCGGUGAAGGAGUUUGCGGACAUAAAGGCAUAGUACAUGGAGGGCUGACAGCCACGAUGAUCGAUGAAGUUAGCGGUGCAGCAGCAUUUUUUUCGGUCGGCCCUUGUUUUACAGCCAAUCUUAAUGUAGAUUAUAAAAAGCCAUUACUUACACCGGCAUGGAUUCUUGUUCGGGCUCAUGUUGAACGUGUCGAUGGUCGAAAAGCAUAUAUACACGCUUCGGUCGAAAAUGGCGAAGAUGAAAUCUAUGCGGAAGCUGUUGUGCUUUAUAUCAAACCGAAAAAACCCGCAGAAGAAAUAAUCAAACAAAACUAA